AUGAUUAGAUACACUCUAAGGAAUGCCACAAGAUGUUCGAUCCAUCGAACACUAAGCACAACUUCGUAUGAACCACCGGAUUUUAAAAACUUGACUGCAAGCAGUUGGAUGCAGAAGGAAACCUCGAUACAAGAAGAAAUCACUGAGUACCUAGAUUGGAGAAUGACAGACUCUUGGAAAACCCUGACCCCCGAUGAAAUAAAGGCUGCGUAUGUUAUUUCAUAUGGAGAGUGGGGCCCUAGGGCCCCUCAAGGAUCCAAACUAGCACAGGUUCAGAUGACUGGCCCUGAGAUUAUCCUAAGAGUUAUAACCAGCAUGGUCCUUUUCACCGCACUUGGCAUAGUGGUGCUGAACUACAAAACAGACAAAAAAGUGUCCGACAAGAUAGAAGAAUUAAGGAGCAAAGUGCUCUGA